UGUAAACACCAUAAAUCAAUGUCGUCUUCAAAUGCUGAGCUUUCGGCAUUGGCAUUUGAGCCAUCGGGAGCAUGGUUGGGUAGCGAUGGGAUCUGGUCUGGCUUCACUAUCAGUGUCGGAACACCGCCUCAAAAUUUCACCGUCUUGCCUGCAACCAACGCUCAGCAUAUCUACAUCCCAGCAGCAGACGACUGCAAGCGCAUUCCUCGAUUCGACUGCGCGUCUUCGCGGGGCGUAGGAGCUUUUGAUAAUGCCCGCAGUCUAGGAUUUCAAGCAAAUGCGUCCUCCACUUGGAAACUCAUUGGACUCCACGAGGUUGGCUUAAAUCAGAAUUUGGCAUGGUCGGGAAACGGCGUGACGGGGUACGAGACAAUCGGCUUCGGCGACGACGAUAAAGUACCGGACCGAGGGAAAGUGAUGGACGGUGAAGUCGUUACAGCAUAUGUGACGCCGGAUAUUUGGGUCGGGUUAUUGGGAUUAGGAGGGUCGAGUAUAACGUAUCGAGAGGGCGAGCGCGUGGGUUCAUUCAUCUCGCAUCUGAAAGAAAAACGAAUCAUCCCCAGUGAAUCAUUCGGGUACACAGCAGGAGCUUCAUACAGAUCCACCAAAAUCCCAGCCAGCCUGACCUUAGGCGGCUACGACCAAACCCGAAUCUCAACGCCCAUCACCAUCCCCCUCAGCAAAGAUACCGCAAACCCCGUCUCCCUCUCCCUCCAAAAAAUCGUAGUCUCAAACUCCCCAAACGGAACCCUCUCCCUCCUCACCGACGCAAUCCUCACCCCAAUCGACUCCUCGGUCCCCGAGCUCUGGCUCCCAGAACCCGUCUGCGACAGAUUCGCAUCCCUCUUCAGCCUCGAGUACCAAAACGCAUCGGGCCGCUACGCCAUCUCCCCUUCCACGCGGGAGAAGCUCAAAGAGCUAUCUCCAACAUUCACCUUCACCGUCGCGGAUAGCCUUGUCGGCGGGAAAUCAACAAACAUCGACCUGCCCUACGCGGCGUUUGACCUGGAAGCGACGUACCCGAUUUUCGCCAACGCGACGCGUUAUUUCCCGAUAAGGAGGGCGGCGAACGAUUCGCAGUUUGCGAUUGGCCGCGCGUUUCUGCAGGAGGCGUAUAUAGCGGUUGAUUAUGAGCGGGAGCGCUUUGAUAUCGGGCAGGCCAGCUUUGCUACGCCCAUGCCGGAGCCAGACAUCGUCACCAUUAGACCCGCCAACGACACUGCGGAAUUGAGCUCACGGAUCGAAAAGAACGAGAUGUCCGCGGGCGAGAUCGCCGGUGCGGCUAUCGGAGCGGUAUUAGCUGCUGGAAUGUUAGUAGCGAUUGUCUGGUAUGUAUUUUUCCGGCGGCGGAGAGGGGGGCACGGCGAUGCCGAGUCGAUGGGGCAGGAGAAGUCGAUGAAGUUGAGGAGCGAGUCGGAAGUGGGUGGGGUGAUGGUUGGGGAGCUUCCAGAGUAUCAUGGCCACAGCGAGGUUGCGGGGAAAGACAUUGCGAUUGAGGUUUCGGGGAAGUCGAUAGCGUAUGAGAUGGAAGGCAGCUCGCCGAUAGAUAAUCGAUGA